AUGAAUAAUAUUCGGGAUCUUGUACGUUCCCGUUAUGUAAUUGCAUCUAGUUGUAAGAACUUCGACGAAAAGUUUAGUGCAGAUAUUUUAGACAACUUUAGCGGUGAUGUACCCUUUGACCAGAUUAAUGUAGUUUCUGUUUCCAUCCAUUCUCCCGAGUCUUCAUGGAAAAAACCCGACGUCGAUGUAGGAAUUAUCUACGAAUCGCAGUUGAGAGAAUCAAGUCUUCAUAAAGAUAAAGAUGCUAUACCACUGCAUCAAGCCGGUACACUUUCCGCGUUCAAUCAAUCUAUCCCAUCGUUAGCUAAAAAUCAUGAUGUAUCUAAAACAAUUUUACCGUUGAACGAAUCUAAGGCCACCAUGAAAAAUUGUGUUAUUAUAAGAAAUACAACGUGGAAUAAAAUGUAUGAUUUAAAAAAUAAUGUAAUGAAAAGUGGCUGGACAGAUCACAUGAACAAAUACUUUGAAAAAAUAUUUCCCCUAUGUGUCUUAAAAUUUAAAUUUCAUAGAAUAAAUAAACCGAAACGUCCCGGAAAAAUUACUUUCCUUGCUAAGGCAGAAUGCAAGCAUUCUAAAUGUGCAAAAUUCACUUUCUUUUGCACAGAAAAUUUAGCUUUGCCAAAUGAUAAGGAAAUCAACAUUGUUAAAGUAGGGAUAAUUCAACAUUUUGAUGAAGCGCAUCGACGAUUUAUUAAAGGUUCUCACAGAGCUAAGUUAGGUAGGGAACUCUUAUAUACGACACCCGGCAUUUUAAAAUUGAAAAAACUUGACGCUUGUGAUAAUAAAGUUUUGCUAGCUGGAAAUUUAAAUUAUGCACCUGACAGCGUUAUAUUGAGAAAAAUUUCAAGCGAACAGCAUAAAAAAUAUGAUCUUGAUAAGGACCCCUUUCUUCAUCUUCAGAAACUCCAAACCUAUCUUAAAAAAAUAUUUCCAGGCAAAAAAAUCCCUGGUUACAUCAAUUUUAUGAAAUAUCUUUUGGAAUCCGUGUUAACAUAUUAUCCUAUUAUAUCUGGCUUGAUCAUAAAGAAAUUAGGGUACAUUCGUGAUAAUAACGGUGUAGUUGAAAGUUGGUUCAGAAUAGUAAAAAAGGACAUAUUUUUAGGAAAAAUGCGAAAUUUAGCUGCCAGAUAUAUACGUAGAAUGUCUGAAUUAAUUACACCGAGAUUAAUUCAUGAAAAGGUGCCACUUAAAGCGACUAGAAAAGGCAAAAAAUCAAAGGUUACUACAUCAAAUAAAAUCAAAUCUACCCGUUUAGUUACAAAAUCAAGUAAACAUAUAAGCAAGGGUGGAAUAAAAGUUUCGGGAGAUCAAUCGUCAAUUACAACCAAGGAAGAGGAAUGGGGUAAACGAACUGAAGACAUAAACAAGUAUAUCAGUAAAUUUUCUGUGGCUCCGCAAGUGAUCGACUUACAUAAAAAUUUUUUAUCUAGUACACUAAUACCCAAUAAAACAGAUUCAUUAAUCGAGUGUGAUGAAUCAAGCAUUUACUUAGAAAACCUCCCACCUUCAGAAUUCUAUUUCGAAUUUAAUUCACAAAAUGCGAAAAAUACUGAUAGUCCUCAAAAAAAGGACAGCGAGAAUGUUUUUGAACAAAAUAUAUCUCCUGGUAAAGAAACGUAUUCAGACAUGCGUCAAACAGUAGAUCUUGAUAUAUUUUCGAACUGGGAAUUAUCAGGGUUUCGCAAUGAAGCUACUUUGCAGCUACCAAUUUUAGAAAACCAUUUAGUUGACAAUAUAAAUUAUUACAUACAUAGGGAUUUUCGCUAUAUUGUUGGUAUCUACACGGGAAAAACUAAUUGUAUUUUAACUGAAAUAGACUCCCUUGAUUUUGCCUCCUUAGAUUCCAACAAAUGGAUAACUAAUCAAGUUAUUGAUAUUUGCUUGGAUUUGAUUAUAGGAAAAAUGACAAACAUCAAGUAUGUUUCAACACAAAUAGAUAUAUUCACUAGAGAAACUUUUCCAAAAAUUGAACCAACUAUAGAAAAAUUUUUGUAUGUAGUCCACGAAAAUCAGAACCACUGGUGUUUAAUUUACGCAGAUCUUGUCCAUAAAAAAUUUUAUUACAUGAUCCCCUUAAAAAUAGAGAAUUGGAAAAGACUAGAACAUAUUGGCGCAAGUUUGACAAAAUUUUAAAGGCGAACGACAUCUCAACGAGUAAUUGGACAUGUGACGUUCUUGAACAUGUUUUACAAACGGACGGUUGUAAUUGCGGUCCUAUAUGUAUAUACAUAGCUACCUGUAUUAUUGAAAAUAACACACCGCCGUUUUCUGUAACCACUUACAGAGACACCAUUAAAAGAUAUUUAUUAAUUAAUUCCAACGAUAUGAUUAAUAUUUGCAUUCAUUGUUCCAGGGAGAAAGCUCCACGGUUUGCAGAACAAACAAUGGUUGAAUGCUGUAUGUGUCCUAGAUGGACCCAUUCUUAUUGUGUCUUGCAAAAUAAUACUAUUUAUAAAAUUGAUGACGCAACGAAAUUUAAAAAUAUACAGUUUAAAUGUCGAUUGUGCAUGAUGCAGACGGCAAGUUCAUGAUCAUUAUUCAUUACAGUAUAUGUGCUUAGUAUUCCACUGAUUAAUUUUAUUAAGCCUAGUCACACAUCG